AUGUUAGGUUUUAGCCGAUGGCAAUGGUCUCGACCAUUGCAUUAUAUCAAUAUACCUCCGUGGAGUUGUAAUUACGUACAUGAAAGAGAUUGCAUCAAUGAUAUAUGUACUUAUGGUGCAUUAAAAAAUUAUUCCACACGACUAAUGACUUAUAAGAAUGGUGUACAACAUCAACAAGAUUUUUUCUUUCUGGUUCAUUUUGCUAGUGAUAUUCAUCAACCGUUACAUGUAGGCUUUAAAGAUGAUGCAGGUGGAAAUGGUAUUACAGUUCGUUUUAUGAAUACUUCAACUAAUCUACAUUCUUUAUGGGAUACUGGUAUAUUGUCAUAUCGUCUACGCAAUACAUUUCAAUCGAAUAUUAAUUCCUACUAUGAUUAUCUUUAUUUGAAGAUGUUAAAUCAAACUGUAGAAAUGAAUAAUGAUAGUUUUAUGCAAUGGAUUGUUGAAAGUAUAGAUAUUGUUUGUAAACAAGUCUAUUUCGAUGAAAUGAACGUGAUAAUGAAUUCAUCGACUAGCUUCAAUUUGAGCCAUGUGUAUUAUGAACGAAGUUGGCCUGUUGUCGAAAAACGUCUCAUUCAAGCCGGUUAUCGCUUGGGUGCUUUGCUUAAUCGAAUCUUAAAAACACAUACAGAGUCAACAACGCCAACACCACCAACAACAACAAUAACAAAUGAGAGUUGUCAGAAUGCAGCGUUCUCAUCACCAUUCUCUAUAUUGAUCUUACUAUUAGUCCUAUCGGUGUUGUCGUAUUUAUUCAAUGAAAAAAUAUGA